AUGUUGGUGUCCCUCGACAGUAAACAAAUUGAUCGAGAAGAGGAGCUAAAAGAAUAUCGACGUCCAAAGGACUUUAAAGCUUCUGUAGAAAGAUUUGAGAGAUUUGAAAGGAGACGGAAGGCCGCCAUUGAACAAAAAGAGCAAGAAGCUACAAAGAAGAGAAAACUUUUAGAACAACGCAGUGAUCGCAUCUGUGAUUUAGACUUUGAAUCUGGGGCUAGUACAUCAGAAACUACAGAGGAAAAACUAACUGAUGGAAUGGAUACAGAUAACUUUUACGAUGAGCAGGGAGCGAAGUGUGAAACUAAAGAGUUUGCUUAUUCCUCCACACAAACAGAGCCCGAAGUGGCACCAACUGCUGCCAGUGAAGGGACUCAAACUGAAGAGUUUGAGUAUUUAUUUGAAAGACUUUGUGGCUAUAAGGCACCUGGAAGAGAUUUCUUCGACACCGACGACAAAGUGCGGUUUUAUACGGGGCUGCCGUCCAUCGAAGUGCUGAUGAAAACAUUUGAACAUGUUGCACCUUCUGUGAACAGGAAAAGCCUAACUCCUGAUAAAUUUCAAGAGUUUGUAAUUGUUCUGAUGAAGCUACGGCUUAAUGUCCCAUUUCAAGACUUGGCCUACCGUUUUUCUAUUUCUGUUAGUACAGCUUCAAGGAUUUUUUCUUCCUGGAUUCGAAUUAUGGAUGCUAGGCUCUCCCCACUUGUGUACUGGCCAGAGAGGCACCAGCUGUGGCACACUAUGCCUAUGUGUUUCAGAUAUUCAUUUGGAAACAAGGUGACAGUAAUCAUUGACUGUUUUGAGGUGUUCCGUCGACAUUAUUAUGGCUGUACUCAUACGUGUGAUCAAAGUCAUCAACUUAAGUACGAUGAACAGAUAGGUAUUUCCACACUUGCUAAGAUAGCUCUUGGUUACAAUUGGGUUUCGAAAACUGGAGGAAUUUGGUGGAUUACUUUCCACAAAAAACCAUUAGAGGUGUUCAGUUGA